CUGGGACGGCUAGGGAAACAGAGUAGUCAAGAGUUAGAUAGCUCUCAGCUGAUGAAGGAUUUGUACGACAGUAUGGAACGUGAAACAGACCUCAAAGACCAGCUUCAAUUGAUGGAAGAGGAAUCGAAGACUUCAAGGAGGAAACUAGAGGAACUUGAAGAAGAAAACGAGAAUUUAAGUAUUCAGCUAAAGAAAAUGUCUGCCGCACAGGCCACUAAAGUGAAAGAGGGCUUCCGAGAAACAAUGGGUUCCCCAGUGACAGAAGAGGAGGCGGAAUUGAAAAUUCAUCUCGAUUUGAAUAAUCAAGAAUUGAGUGUUCUGAAGAAAAAGUUCCAUGAUUUGGAAGAGGAUAAUGAAAAUUUGUUGAUGGAAUGUGGGAAAUUGUCGGAGGAACUUCGUCAGAAGGAAAUAUUAUUGAAUAUUUUACCGGAACCGUCGUCUCCGAACUAUUAUUAUGAAGAUAAACUCAAAGACAUGAAAAUAGAAGCUGAUGAACUGCGUUGGAAAAUUAUUGAAAAAGAGCGGGAAAUUGAGCGUUUGAACGCUCAGUGUGUGUUACAGACUCGACAAUCGAGAUUAAAAAAGAGUAGAUCCCUUGAAGGGGAACAUUAUCCCGCAAACACAGAACUUAAAAAGCAGAUGGAAAAUGUUCAACAGGAAAAUAUCAUGCUUAAAGAUAAAGUGAUUCGACUUACAGUUGGACGAAAAGACAUGGCGGAAGACAAAGCUUCCCCAGUGUCAGAACAGAAACUGUCGACAUAUUCCACAGCAUACCCCGGCGAUGGUGAAAGUGUGAAGGACGACAAAUUACGAGCUCUGCAGCUCAAAAUAAAUCAACUUGAAAAACACAGACCUUUAUCGCCCUCGAAAGAUUACACUGGUAAAAUUGGAUUUAAAAGUGAAAUAUCAAAAUCAUCAAAUGAUGCGUUACGUGAUAGUGGGUCACGUGAUUUGCUACAACAGCAAAGGCCGAGUGUGUUGGAUUUACGUGAACACGUAGCUUACAAUGAAAAGCGCGUUAGUUCUCCCGGUGGUACCAGUAUAUUGCCAACAAGCAGUUCCCACACUAGGAUUGAUACCCCUGUCCCGAGUCCCGCCUCUUUCCCCUCCCUCGUCAAACCUGCCGCUCCAGGGCUACCGGCAGAGGGCGUCCCCUCCGCCAGUGAGUCACGAGAGGAAUUGAUGGAUCAGAUUUUAGAUAUGGAGGAGGAAGUUGAAAAACUGACAGGAUCGGUCAAGGUCAAGGAUCAGGAACUGACUAAACUGUACGGCGAGGUCAGAAGUCUUAAAGACACUAUACAGAGUCUCAAGGACGAAUUCCGGAAAAAGGAAAUCGAACUGCUGAGAGAUUUAGACGUGACCCAGGAUAAAGCUGAAAUCCUUAGUAAUCUACUGGACAUUGUCAAGGAGAGGGCUGAUGACGCGGAGGCGGAACUGGAAAAACUAAUUGAGAACCAAAGCGUCUCCGCAACCUCGAGUGUAAACAGUGCCCGGACUGUCAGUACACUUAGUAACGUCAGUUCCGGAAGUGACGACGUAUUCGACGGAUCCGGUUCCGUUCCCGGAUCUCCGGACACUGGCGGUCGUCACCUUAUCCAGAAGAACUGGGAGAACCAGUUCAAGAAGCGAAUAAAUUGUCUUGAACGACUCCUCGCAGAAGAGAGAAAGAAAGUGGCGACUACUGAGAAGAAGUUAGCUCUCGUAUCCACGGAAACGUUGUCGUCCGCUAUGUCUGAUGACGCUAAACUCCACGAGCGGGAGAAAGAGCUUCUCCAAUCUGAGGUCAUGGACAGUAAAAAGCUUUUAAGAAUUGCCAGUGACCAGAUAAAGGGUCUGCGUGAGCGCGUGCUGACCUUGGAGGAGGAAAACAAGGUUUUACAGUCCAGUCAAGCUAUGGCUGACACAGAUGAAUCCGAUUUAGACCAAACUCCAUCCGGAAGUGUCGACACUGUUAUCGAGCGGCCAAUCGGCGGCGACGACACUACGGGGGCCAAGGCCAAGACUCCCUCGCAAAGCGAGGCUGAGAUUAUCAUCCUUGGGAAUGAAGUAGAAGUAUACCAGUCCAAGGUGGUAGAGCUAGAGGCUCACCUUACAGAGGUGAACGAAUAUUGGCAAAAUCAAAUUGCUGUUAGAGACAAAGAAAAAGAAACAUUUUUGAAGGAAGCUAAACAGAUGACAGAGGACUGUGAUGCUUUGAAAGACUCCAUUUCAAAACUGAAAGAGGAGGACAUUCGGAAAGAGAAACUUCUGAAAGGAUUGGAAACUAUGAUCCAAGAUAAGGUCAGUGUUGUUUUUCGGAAGGAGGAAAUAUUACAGGAACAUGAGGAAAUUAUUCGACAGCGGGAGGAAGACAUGCAAUCCAUGCUUGAUCAAAUCUCGCAAAAGGACGAGGAACUCCGAGAACUCCGCGAGAGUUUGCGCACGAGGGAUGAACGAUUACGCGAGAAGGAUGUUGUCUUGGAAACCGUCAAUACGAAUGUGUCUGACAAAGAACGUGAGAUAAAUUAUUUUAAUGACGAAUUGACAGAAAUGCAGGGAACGAUAGACAAAAAGGACAAAGAAAUUUCAGUUUUGGAAGAAAGAAUAUCAGAAAUAGGUAGCGUUACACAGUCAGAUAUAAAAACCGAAAAUAUAAGGCUGAAACGGGAUCUUGAUAGUUUGGCCACCAACUUGGGUAAACUUCAUACUGAUAAUAGUACGUUACAGUCCGAGUUAGAAAAGGCAAAACAAGCAUUAAGUGAAGCUAUGGUAUUAUGGAAUAAAGAUAGGUCUACCUUAGAGGCAGAAUUAAAUAUAGUUCGCGAAAAGUUACACAUGUAUCAGAGUACUUUAGACAAAAACGAGCCACAAGUUGUAGCUACGUUAAGAAAGGAAACACAUAGAAUUCUAGAACAAAAAGAGAAAAUUUCGGCAGAUUAUAGAGUGCUACGGGUCGAGAAUGACGCUAAUAUACGAACUUUGAAAAAAGAAAAGUACAAACUUCAGGAGGAAUUAACACAAAAAAUUAGGCAACUCACGGCGGAAAUGGGCACAAACGACAAAAAUUCUCAGGAACUAGAUCGUCUAAGAGCGCAGGAGGAUAUAGCCUACCAGCUUCAGCACCACGAGAAGAUACUCAGGGCCGAAUACCUUGCUAUGAAGGUUCGGUACGAGACCAGACUCGAGAACCUUCAAAAAGAACACAUGAAACUCCUUUCCCUGCUAGACACAAUGCAAAGGGAGAAAACUCUGGAUAAAGAAAUCAUACGGGGAGUACAGAAAGGCAUGAGCCAGAUGAAAGUCACUUACGCUAAGAAUUUGACGAAAUGGAACGAGGAGAAGGACAUCCUCGCGAGACACGUCAAGGAGAUUGACGAGGGUCGGAAACUGGCUAAAGAUCUUCAUGACAAGAUAGAGGAAUUAAAGAACCAGCUAGCUGAUCAGGAGUAUGAGCGAGCAGAAUUGGUUAACCGGGUCACCACUGAACGGUCUGGGUGGGAUGUGGACAAAUCAAACAUGCAGAGCAAGAUAAAUCAGCUACAAGAACAACUAGCAAUGAUAUCACAGGCUCAGAACAGAACCAAAAACAUGCAAAACCGGAUGGAAGUUGCUUGGGAACAAGAGCGGUCCGAACAGAAGCGACUCCUAGCGGAGGCUCACGCACUUGCUCUUGAUCUGCAGAGUCAGUUAAAGGCUCGCGACGAAGAAUAUGUAAAGGAAAGGAAGAUGUUGAUCGAACAACUUCGACGCAUGCGCACAGAGAUCGACGAAGAACAGCUAAGCCGUGAUUCACGCCAGAAAGAGAUUGACGAUCGCGGACAACGGAUAUCAGAAUUGGAGAGGAGAGUGAAAGAAGUUGGAGAAAGGGCGGACAAGGAACAGGAGGCUUCCGUGAAAGACAGAGCUGACUUGGUCCGGAGACUUGGCGAGAUGAGAAAACAACACAAGAGGGAUCAGAGGAGAGUUGAGGACGUUCUCACUGGGCUGACGCGUUUAAAGGAAUUAGCUGCGAUCGUUUCGGACUCUGAGAAGGAAGACCAGACCUCAGACACUGAGUUAGUCUCACGACUGGAGAAACUAAGUAAAGGUCCACUUCCGGAACUGGACGUCGACUUAGGGGAUCCGGCACAUAUCACUCCACGGAAAUCGAUCAGACUACGUAUUGAUCAGGUCGUUUUAAAACACAUUAAAGAGUCUCUGAAGGAGAUUCAUUUCGCCGUGGAGGAUAUCGGGAGGCCACGUGAGAUUUCAGAUGAGGAACGCAAGAAAUUAAGAAGAAGUUUGUCGAGCUCGGAAAUUGACUUCCUGAAAGAAGACUUUUCAGCGGGCAGACAACGGGAUUCUGGAAAAUUCGACUCGCCAAAAGCAUCACCACUUACAAUACAAACGGACACGGCGUCACCGAGAUAUCUCAGGAGUGUUACACACAACGGUGCCGGAAACCUUCUCGAUCGACCCGCGUGUGAACUUCUACCGGAAAUACAGCCUAUUUCGUCACUUCCAUUACGACAGAAGUUCAUAAUGGCGGACGUGCAUUAUGAACAAAGUGUUACAACGAAGUUCCCAGAUCCACCUCCCAGUUUUCUACUUUCCCCAAAGUCACACUCCAGACAGACUCUCACGGAUAUGACUUACUCGUACAAUUCCGCUAAAUCCUUAUCCACAAAACCACUGAGUGCCAAUGUACCCUCUAACGGAAAUAAAACAAGACUCGUUCCAACUAGCAUACCGCUGGAUACGAGUAACGGGAGUUCAGUAGAACCCAGCUCGCAAAGUAAACUUUAUACGAAGUCCCUUUCAGCAGGUGGAACUCCCACGUACGAAUCUGCAAGCCUUUUCCCUUCCAUUCCAGUAUUAAAUUGUGGUAAAUCCUCUGACGCUUCACUUUCACCUCGUUCCGGAAAUUCGUCCGAUUCAGGAAGUUGUGAACGCCUUACUCCUAGAACUGCUAGAAGAAAGUUUUUCGAAGACAAAAGUGAUUUACAAUCACCUUUGCAAAUGUCGGAAAGAAGUAGGAGUUGCGAAGGUAUCAAAGAUGAAAUAGUUUCAGCAAAGCUACCUUACGAUGACACUAAACGCAUACGCUUACAACAUAAUGAAUCUGAAGACGAUAUGAUAGGACAGUUAAUAGAGGACACGAAACCAAGGCUACUUACACAGUCUGUAUCUAUUGAUGAAAAGACGUCACAUUCAUUAGCAAAACAGUCAAGCACUAAUGGUAAGAAAAGUAAACCCGAGAAACCAAAACGGAAGAUAGUUCGACGUUCUCAGAGCGUCGAUAGUUCUGUGAAAAAUUCCGUAGCAAAAGCUGGUAUAACAGCAAUGUCACCCGGAGCUCCUUCGAAUACCAAGGCAGUAGAUCUUUUUGCAACAAUGAAAAGGAAAAUUAAAAAUACGCUUAAAAGGUCAUCAUCUGUGACAGAUGAGGAAAAAUCACCGGGAAAACAAGGCCCUAGUUCUGAGGCGAGUGGGUCAGUUGCACACUCGUCAAGAGAAGGGACUCGCACUAUAAGUGGACAGAAACCAGGGGUGGUUUACAGGCCAUCCACUAGUGUACAAAAACCGGUCACAAGCGUUCAGAAAAGUGCUUCAUCUACCGAAAAUGCAUCUCAAAAUAUACCACCGCCAACACCACCUAUAUCCGCUAUGAACAGACGCGCACUUCCGGAGGUGGACGAUGACGCUUUAACUUGUGUCAGGAAACGAAAUCCGGAAAUAAGUUCUGAUAACAAACCGACUGCAAAGCGUUUAAGAUCGAAAUCUGCUGAGCGCGCUACCCGAGGGCCAUCUGCCCUCAAACAACAGGUGAUAGUGGAAGAAGACCUAUUACCGGACAGAUCAAAAGUGUUCAGUGAAACAACGGUGUGAUUUUAAAACAUCAGAAUUUUAUCAACAACAGAAAAAGGGCAUGCUUGAAUAUAUUCGUGUAGAUGAUAGUUUCGGAAUAAUUCACCAUAGAAUAUGCUAUCAUACUUAAUGCAACAUAUUAAUUUCGGUGAACCAAUAUUUUAACGACCAGUGGUACUUAGAAUGUUUGUUAACAGUUUGUUAAGACUGUUAAGAGUACAUGAAAUGAAGCGUAAAAUAGCGCAUACAAAGUUAUUUGUUCCUGACAUAUAAUUAAUUACUAGACUUAGACUGUGUUAAUUAGAUAUAGAUUUUAGGAAUACUUAACGUAAAUAAUAUCUUAGACAUAGAAUAACGGAAGGUAUUUCAAGUUAGACCUUCAGAACAAUAAUGAUUACAAUCUACUUAUGAUAAUUAGCAAAUUAUUAUAGAAUUACCAAUAAAGAAUAACCAUUUUUGACUCUGAGCAGGCUUCGAACUCACGAUCGCCUAGCCAUGUAUCAUAUGAAUAUCUAAAACUGCUGAACCAUCCUAGUAGCAUCCCAAAACAGUCAAUGUCAAAGUCAUAAACAGACUGACACGAUUUUAAACAAUAGAUAUUAUAGGGUUGGGAAUCGCUGAUCACAAACCUAGAGGUUUUAUUUAAGUUAGAAUUAAUCUAUAACAUGAGAUCUAAUGUGUGAGGCACCAAUUGAACGGACAAAUAACGUUAUACCAUAAAACCUGUGUGUUAUGGUCGCUUAGAGGAGCGGGGAAUUGUGGCCUUUAUAUACAGGUUCAUAUACAAUAAAUUGUGCUACGUUGUGAUCCGAUACGUGACCUUUAUAGACAGAUAUUUCUUAUAUAAGGUGAUUUUUUUUAAAAAUAGAUUUUGUUAUACACAGGUGGUCUUUAGGAUAGACUCGACUAUAGUUUUUCACUAGUACCCAUUGAUUUAUAAAAGGAUAAGUUGUUAGUGAAUCAUUGUUUGCUUCUCUCUUCUUUUCUUGGGGUAAAAUAUUCAUGACUCCACAAAAGAAACGUAUACAAAUAUAUUUAUACAUAAACGAAUAAAUCUAAUAAAACGUGAAAUCAAUGAUGUCCCAUGGAUAAAUAAAGAGUUAGCGCUAAAUAAAGUAUUGCAAUAUAGUCAAAGACACACCUUAUCGAUGAUAUCCAAAGUAAAAACUAAUUAUAUCGCCGAUAGAAACAACAGUAUCAAGAUACAAUUAUAUCGCCGAUAGAAACAACAAUAUCAGGAUAAAAUUAUAUCGCCGAUAGAAACGACAGUAUCAAGAUAAAAUUAUAUCGCCGAUAGAAACAACAAUAUCAAGAUACAAUUAUAUCGCCGAUAGAAACAACAGUAUCAAGAUACAAUUAUAUCGCCGAUAGAAACAGCAGUAUCAAGAUAAAAUUAUAUCGCCGAUAGAAACAACAGUAUCAGGAUACAAUUAUAUCGCCGAUAGAAACAACAGUAUCAAGAUACAAUUAUAUCGCCGAUAGAAACGACAGUAUCAAGAUAGAAUUAUAUCGCCGAUAGAAACAACAGUAUAAAGAUACAAUUAUAUCGCCGAUAGAAACAACAGUAUCAGGAUACAAUUAUAUCGCCGAUAGAAACAACAGUAUCAGGAUACAAUUAUAUCGCCGAUAGAAACAACAGUAUCAAGAUACAAUUAUAUCGCCGAUAGAAACAACAGUAUCAGGAUACAAUUAUAUCGCCGAUAGAAACAACAGUAUCAAGAUACAAUUAUAUCGCCGAUAGAAACAACAGUAUAAAGAUACAAUUAUAUCGCCGAUAGAAACAACAGUAUCAGGAUACAAUUAUAUCGCCGAUAGAAACGACAGUAUCAAGAUACAAUUAUAUCGCCGAUAGAAACAACAGUAUCAGGAUACAAUUAUAUCGCCGAUAGAAACAACAGUAUCAGGAUACAAUUAUAUCGCCGAUAGAAACGACAGUAUCAGGAUACAAUUAUAUCACCGAUAGAAACAACAGUAUCAAGAUACAAUUAUAUCACCGAUAGAAACGACAGUAUCAAGAUACAAUUAUAUCGCCGAUAGAAACAACAGUAUCAGGAUACAAUUAUAUCGCCGAUAGAAACAACAGUAUCAGGAUACAAUUAUAUCGCCGAUAGAAACGACAGUAUCAGGAUACAAUUAUAUCACCGAUAGAAACAACAGUAUCAAGAUACAAUUAUAUCACCGAUAGAAACAACAGUAUCAAGAUACAAUUAUAUCGCCGAUAGAAACAACAGUAUCAGGAUAAAAUUAUAUCGCCGAUAGAAACAACAGUAUCAGGAUAAAAUUAUAUCGCCGAUAGAAACGACAGUAUCAGGAUAAAAUUAUAUCGCCGAUAGAAACGACAGUAUCAAGAUACAAUUAUAUCGCCGAUAGAAACAACAGUAUCAGGAUACAAUUAUAUCGCCGAUAGAAACAACAGUAUCAGGAUACAAUUAUAUCGCCGAUAGAAACAACAGUAUCAAGAGACAAUUAUAUCGCCGAUAGAAGCAACAGUAUAAAGAUACAAUUAUAUCGCCGAUAGAAACAGCAGUAUCAAGAGACAAUUAUAUCGCCGAUAGAAACGACAGUAUCAAGAGACAAUUAUAUCGCCGAUAGAAACGACAGUAUCAAGAUACAAUUAUAUCGCCGAUAGAAACGACAGUAUCGGGAUACAAUUAUAUCGCCGAUAGAAACGACAGUAUCAGGAUAAAUUAUAUCGCCGAUAGAAACAACAGUAUCAGGAUACAAUUAUAUCACCGAUAGAAACAACAGUAUCAGGAUACAAUUAUAUCGCCGAUAGAAUCAACAGUAUCAGGAUACAAUUAUAUCGCCGAUAGAAGCAACAGUAUCAAGAUACAAUUAUAUCGCCGAUAGAAACAACAGUAUCAAGACACAAUUAUAUCGCCGAUAGAAACAACAGUAUCAGGAUACAAUUAUAUCGCCGAUAGAAACAACAGUAUCAGGUAAAAUGAUAUCGCCGAUAGAAACAACAGUAUCAAGAUACAAUUAUAUCGCCGAUAGAAGCAACAGUAUCAAGAUACAAUUAUAUCGCCGAUAGAAACAACAGUAUAAAGAUACAAUUAUAUCGCCGAUAGAAACAACAGUAUCAGGAUACAAUUAUAUCGCCGAUAGAAACAACAGUAUCAAGAUACAAUUAUAUCGCCGAUAGAAACAACAGUAUCAGGAUACAAUUAUAUCGCCGAUAGAAACAACAGUAUCAAGAUACAAUUAAAUCGCCGAUAGAAACAACAGUAUCAGGAUACAAUUAUAUCGCCGAUAGAAACGACAGUAUCAGGAUACAAUUAUAUCGCCGAUAAAAACAACAGCAUCAGGAUAAAAUUAUAUCGCCGAUAGAAACAACAGUAUCAGGAUACAAUUAUAUCGCCGAUAGAAACAACAGUAUCAGGAUACAAUUAUAUCGCCGAUAGAAACAACAGUAUCAAGAUACAAUUAUAUCGCCGAUAGAAACAACAGUAUCAGGAUAAAAUUAUAUCGCCGAUAGAAACAACAGUAUCAGGAUACAAUUAUAUCGCCGAUAGAAACAGCAGUAUUAGGAUAAAAUUAUAUCACCGAUAGAAACAACAGUAUCAGGAUAAAAUUAUAUCACCGAUAGAAACAACAGUAUAAAGAUACAAUUAUAUCGCCGAUAGAAACAACAGUAUCAAAAUACAAUUAUAACGCCGAUAGAAACGACAGUAUCAAGAUAUAAUUAUAUCGCCGAUAGAAACAACAGUAUCAAGAUACAAUUAUAACGCCGAUAGAAACGACAGUAUCAAGAUACAAUUAUAUCACCGAUAGAAACAACAGUAUCAGGAUAAAAUUAUAUCACCGAUAGAAACGACAGUAUCAAGAUACAAUUAUAUCGCCGAUAGAAACAACAGUAUCAAGAUACAAUUAUAUCGCCGAUAGAAAC